UUUGAAGUCAAGGUUGGAUUUAGUCGAUAUUGUGAUCGUUCUGAACUUCACGUUGAUGAGAACGGUACGGCCCCUUUUCCCAUUUAUCGGCUGGAUGGUGCUAGAAAAGAAGAGUUCUUUGAUUGGAUUACAGAUAAAGUGAAAUUUCCUGACGGAUAUGCAUCAAAUUUGGGGAACUGCGUUGAUAGAAGCGAAGGAAAGUUUAGUGGCUUGAAGAGUCAUGAUUGUCAUGUAAUUAUGCAGCGCCUCCUCCCGUUUGCUUUUUCAGCAUUAUUGCCACGUAAUGUUCAUGAAGCAAUUGCAGGGAUAAGUGUUUUCUUCCGCGACUUAUGCAGCAGAGUAGUGACUGAAGAGGGUAUUAAUAAUUUGAAGACAAACGCACCAGUCAGCAUGUGCAACCUUGAGAAGAUAUUUCCUCCAUCAUUCUUUGAUUUAAUGGAACAUCUUGCUAUUCAUCUCGCAAGAGAAUUGGAACUUGGUGGUCCUGUGCAGUACAGAUGGAUGUAUAUUUUUAAGCGUUAUAUGCAUCAUCUGAAGAAGAUGGUCAAAAAUCAAAGCAGGGUGGAAGGAUCUAUAGUGGUACAGGUGAUCAAUGAAGAAACUGCAAUCUUUGAUGAAAAUUAUUUUCCACCAGAAGUGCAUACAAAACACCGAAGACCUGCUCGGCAUGAUGACAGAGGGGAGAGAGCAACAUAUCAUGUUACUGUCCCAAGCAUGUUCAAGGAAAUAGGACAACUUAGUGGAAAAUUCACGAAGCGCAGACUUACGGACACUGAGCACGCUCAUUUGCAAACAUAUUUGCUCACCAACUGUGAAGAUGUUCUACAAUAUGAGAGUGUAUAUAUGGCGGAGUUGCGUAUGACUCACAGGCAUGCAACAGAAGAUGAGCUUCAACAACUUAGAGAUAACGGAUUUGCUGUGUGGCUUCGUAGUUAUGUGAAUGAUGGUUUGGCCAGAGGUUUUGUGUUCGAUGAUUGGAUACGCGAAUUUGUGCAGGGACCAAACUAUGUGGUCAAAUCAUAUCCAAAAUUUUGUGUUUGGUGUUACAUCAGUUCAUUCGGGCGGAAACUUCAAUACUAUGAUCCCUUCAUUCUUGGUUCGCAAGCUGAUCAGGUAUGUCAAUCUAUUCAUAAUUGUUUACCAAUAUAAUUAAUUAAUGUUAUAUAUUUUACUAAUAUUUGUAUAAUUGAUAUGUAUAGGUGUGUUACAUCAGUUACCCUCGGGUGACGUACAGAGAUGAUCCAUGGGUCACUGUAACGCAAAUCAACCCAAGAGGACGAGUGGAUGGAACUUCUGAUGAUGAUGAAUCAUUGCAACCAGAGUCUACCAGCAACGCCCAGGCAGUUGAAGAUUUGGCAAAUGUUGAACUCGUUGAGGAUUUGACUGAGUUUGGACUUGAUGCUGUUGUACAUUCGGAGCCAGAAGCUGAGGUUGGGGAGUUUGAUGAAGAUUCAGAAGAUUCGGAUUAGUUUUUUUUUUUUUUUUUCUAUAGGUCCGUCGGAAAUCCCUCGCAAAAUAUCGACGAGAUAGCGACGACAAAGAGUUUCAUUAAAGUUUGGAAAUGUCCUCGGUAAUUCAUCGCAAUAUACCGAUGACAUUCCGAUGAACUCGUCUAGUUUGUCGGAAUGUCGUCGGUAUAUUCCGAUGAAUUACCGAGGACAUGUGUUUUUAAAAAAUUUCCAACAUAAAAAUCUAUAAAUUUAUAUGCCAAAACUAUGAAAAUAAUACAUAAUAAGUGUUUAGUAUAGUAUUAGAUCGCAACCGUUCAAAUAUAACAAUUCAUUAAAAUAUUUAUGUAUGCAUAUCACACGUUUUCAUAACAUCUCAUCUUAACACUCAUAUACUUAUACAAUCAUAUUCAUCUAAUCUUACACUACAAAAAAUGUUGUUGUAUAAAUUCGUGUUAUAAAAACAUUUAUAUUGUUAAAUCUUU